CCGCCUGAGUCGCCAACGUCUGCUUGUGGAAGGGAGCUGUUCACUCGCUCUUUCCAUCAUUAUUCUCGCACCUGUAACCUCAGCCUUCUUACGUAUGGAAUUUGACGAUGACUUUUACCUCGAGGAAGACAAGCUGUGACUAGGUUGUGAAGCAUCAUCAAUAAACCUACAAUGUGGGCGGGCCUACCUGGAGUUUAUGAGUAUUCCAUGCUACCCAUUCAUGAUCCUGACGAAUAUACAGCAGAUGAUAUGGAUUAUUACUCCAUAUUUGAAGAUCGCAUGGGUAUGACAGUCACCUCAGGCAGUGUCAACCUUGAGAAAGAUGACAGUAACCUCAUCGGCAUUAGUAUUGGGGGCGGAGCUAAAUACUGUCCGUGUCUCUAUGUUGUACAGGUCUUUGACAACACUGCAGCAUCUCGGGAUGGCACCCUGCAGAGUGGAGAUGAGAUCACCGGGGUGAAUGGAGUGAAUGUGAAGGGGAAGUCCAAGCAAGAGGUUGCACAGCUCAUACAGCGGUCAGAGGGUACUGUUACUAUCCAGUACAACAAAUUACAUGCCGACCCAAAACAAGGGAAAACGUUGGACAUUGCCAUGAAAAAAGUAAAACACAGACUGGUAGAGAACAUGUCUUCUUCAACGGCAGACGCCCUUGGUUUGUCCCGGGCUAUAUUGUGCAACGAUUCUCUUGUGAAGAAGCUGGAUGACCUUCAGAGAACAGAAGACAUGUACAGGUCAUUGAUGGAUCACACCAAGAGAUUACUGAAGGCAUUCUUUGACCUCUGCAUUGUUUAUAAAAGAUUUGGUGACAUCUUCUGUGAAAUUGGUGUACGUGAACUCCAGCAGUCGGCAAAUGAGGCUUUCAAUCAGUUUGGGGAAGCACACCGUCAAAUGGAAAAGUUUGGGAUCCAGAUGCUGAAGAGACUAAAACCAAUCUUGAGCGACCUGGGUACAUAUCUGCACAAGGCCAUUCCCGACACAAGGUUGACAAUCAGACGAUAUGCCGACACGAAAUUUGAAUACCUCAGUUAUUGCCUUAAGGUGAAGGAAAUGGAUGAUGAAGAGAUGCAGUUUGCUCAGUUGCAAGAGCCUUUGUAUAGGGUGGAAACUGGAAAUUAUGAGUAUCGACUGAUUCUACGUUGCCGCCAAGAUGCCAGGGCCAAAUUUGCCAAACUGAGAUCUGACGUUCUUGUCAAGUUAGAAUUGCUGGAUUCAAAACAUGUCCAACACCUUACUGAACAACUUACUAGACUCAUAUCUGGUCUGGCUACAUACCACAGCCAGUGUCAGGAGCUUAUGCAUGACAAACACUGGUUCCCAAUUGAACUGGACAUGGUUGGGACUACUCUCCAGUCAGAUAAUCGCAGUGACAGCAUACAGAGUGAAGAGGAUGAUGAAGAAUUGCUGGAUACUGAAGGUGCAACAGAAGCAACAGAGGCAGAGCUUGUCCAGCCACUGGCAGACAUCACCCUGAAUGACAGUAAGCCACAGCAGGAGACAAAGACAGGAAAUUUUGAAGACAUUAACCUCUUGGGAGACUUUUAAGUGAAGGACAGUCCUUUUUUUAUAAUUUGGAAUGAUAUUUAUAUUCAAAGGAUCACAGCAUUAUAUGGUUUAAGUUCUUUUUGUUUUCUCUUACUUCACAUUGUGCAAUAACAAGUUUUUUUGUUUUUUUUUGUUUUGGUUUUGGUUUAAAGGAAGUUUCCCUGUGUAUUUUGUUACGCAAUUUCUUAGGAAUGAAAAGUGUUCAACUUGAUAUGGUAGAAUUAUUUUUAAAAAAUCUCAAGAUUAUCAUAGAUUUGUUUGCCUAUUUACAGUAUUAUGGACCGCAAAUAACCCAUUCCAUCCUUUUACACAAAUCAAUGUGUAGUGUGGAGAAUCUAUCCUUUAAUGCACAUUGGAAAAUGGUAAUAAUAGAAAAUAAGUAUUUUAUGCCUCUACUCUAUAUUUGUAUAUUCUAGUCAGCUUUACAUAAAAGAACAAAUAAAAUGGAUGACAAAAGGUUAUGGUUCAGGAAGCAAGCAGUAAUUUUUAUUGAAGUUUAGAGAACAAACAUCAAAUAUAAUGUUAAGGGAAAAGCUAUGGAAUGAUGUAUACAGUGUGAGAUAGUUUUGUAAUUUCCUCUUUUCUUUUUGUCAAAUUUAAAGUGCUUAUGCUAUUUUGAAGUGCGUUGAUGCUUUCCAGUGUGUUCAUAGAUAUGUACUCUAAUGUUAGACUUGUUUGAAAAAUCUUGAAAUGAUUUUGUCCCAUGAAUUAAUAAAGUUGAUGUCAAACCAGGAAAGUCAAUAAAAAGCAAGUUAUUAA